GCGAAAUUCUUUGCUCAGGAUCCUCAUGGCCAAAAAGAUUGCGAGUCUUCUUUUCUCAAGUUUAUUCUCAAGUCGACGAGCCCUAAAGCGGAAAACGUCCCGGCGGGUCCCGGAAGCUCAACAGCGUCUCCAACUUGUUAUUUUGAAGCCAGCAAACAUCAGGACCUGGCACCCAAUCAGCCACCGCUUCCCUCUGUGUGACCUCCUCGAUUCAUCUUAUCUCUGAAGUUGUCGUUUCAGUGAAGUAAGGCAACCAUGAUGUCCUAUUGAGCACGAGGCUGCAGCGUUUUUCUUCUUCUGUGGUCAUUACGCCGCGGGGUGACUGCAGAGGUGCAAUGAGACAGUCAGAUGUGAAAUGUGACACCGGGCCGGGCCGAAUCAGUGUAGUACGGCCCUGCUUAAACGAGACUCUGAUCUUCGUGCCGAGCUGACCUCGUCAUGGGGGGAGAAACUCAACAUGACGGUGAUUGGCAGUUGAUGGAGAGCCAUUCGAAUGACAGCCGGGACAGUGGUCAUCACCGGUGGAAUUCUUGCUACGGUCAUAUUACUUCUUAUCAUCGCAGUACUGUGCUACUGCAGACUGCAGUAUUACUGCUGUAAAAAGGAGGAGUCCGAGUCGGAGGAGGAGGAGCCGGACUUUGCCGUCACGUCGCGCCUGCCACCGGUCCACUCCAACCACAACAUUGUGGCGGCCACAGCCGCCGCCUCCUCCAUCCCCAACGGUCCCGCCCUCUUCCCCACCCCGCCCCUGGCCCGGAAACUGACCCGCUCUCAGACGUUCUGCCCGUCGUGCACCCACUACGAGCUGCCCUUCUACCUGCAGCCCCCGGCCCCAGCGCAGGUCCACCACCAAGCGGAUGGCCUGAGGAACGGCGGCGAGCGGGUCAGCUACCGCAGCGUGGCCCCGCCCCAGCCGCAGCCGGACAUGGAACUGCCCGUGCCCGUCAACAUUUCCAACUACCGUAAGCCGCACUUGGCCCGCUCUGUCACCAUGAGGGACAUGUUCACUCGCAGCUGCAGCAUCAGCACUGAUGUUUAGCUGAGAUUCCAAGCGAGACCAAAUAAAUGGCUCUGUUCAAUGUCAUUGUGAUCCCUAAAAUUCCAAUUUGGUAGCUGGUGAUGUGCUUUGGACGCCCAACUGGCUCUCAGGACACACUUCGCUACGAUCAGGUCGAGGAACUCACUCACACCCGGAACACCGCGCCGAGUUUGUGACUUUUGAAGGUUGAAGUACGUAAUUCAUGUUGUUAUAUAACUCCUUGGCUUGAUAACGCUUUUGUAAAAGAUUACAAAAUGUCAUUUAUAUAUAGUCCGAGCCCUCUUCUCCGGGAUGACAUCACGGUCAGGGUUUUUCUCUCUGCCGUAGCUGCUACAAAAAAAAAAUAUAUAUAUAUAUGAUUAGGAGCAGUGUUUCCCUGCCGUGGAACGAUCUGUCUGCUCCUCCAUACACAGAUUAUGGAGAUUAUAAAACAUAAUUCAGCGCCAGUAGGACGGGGGGGUGCCUUGUUUUCUGCAGAUAGAUUUCACUUUGGCAGUGAUGUUGCAAUGACAUAAAGGGCUCGCAGAAGAUAGAAAUUGUCUAUUUAUUUUCCCAAAAAUCUUUUCAGUGUACUUUGUAGAUGGAUAUCCGCAGCAGUGGUGUGAAUAUUUCCAUUAUACGCUCACACGACUGUGAAUGUUUAACUAUUUAAUCCUUCAAAGACGUUCCUUGCAAGAAUUAAGUAGGAAAUGGUACAAAAAAAAACUGCACCAAAAAUGCUGAUUCGUUCCAAAGUAUAUUUAUUAUAUAUAUGAAUUAUUUUUGCCAUAACAGCUCUCAUUUUGCCACCAUUUCAUAGCAGUUGUUACAAGGUUAUAAGACUUUCACAUUUUGUAGCUCAUUAUUAGGCAAGAAACCACAUUCAAGGACUCAAUAAAGCAAGCAACUGCAUUUGGUAACUUUACAGGGCUUUAUAGGGCGCUGUUUGGGAACUUGAGGUGAAUUAACACUACAAGGAAGCGUACGUAUAUGAUGAUGGGAAGGAAACAUAUUCGUUAACAUUACAGGGCAAGGAACGAUAUUUUUUAAUCAUAUUAGAAAAGGGCCAACAUUUGAUGGCAUUAUAAUCGACAGGAACCCGACUUGAAGACGAAGAGCUAAAGGAACUUAAUUUGGUAACUUUGUAUGUGUAUGGAACCAGAUUUGCGAAGCUUAAAAAGAAAGGACCAGGUUUGGUGAUAGCAAAGGGUACGUAAACACAUUCAGUGGGGUUUCAGAGCAAAGAACCAUAUUUAGUAACUUUAAAAAAAAGCAAAGGAGCAAUAUUUGGUGACUUUACUGGGCAAGGAAGCAUUUUUGGUGGCUCUUUAGGGCAUCGAACCAUAUUUGGUAACUCGAUUGUACAAGGAGCCAUAUUUUGUACCCCUUUUGGAAAAAUAACCAGGUUUGCUAACUUCAUGUGGCGAAGAACCAUGCACAAAAUCAUAUUUGGAAACCAUAUUUGGCAAUUUCAUCGUGAAAUAAACUGUAUCUGGUAAUACUGUAGUUAAUGUUAACUUUACAUGGCAUGAAAUCCCAUUUACUAACUUUAUAUUGCGAGGAACAAUAUUUGCUUAUUUUAAAAGAAAACUAUAAGGCAAAGCCACAUAUUUGCUAACCUUAGAGGCCAACGAACCAACGAACUAACUUUAUGGAAAUCAGUACACUAUGAAAAUAGAAUAUUGCACACUGCUUAUUAAAAGCCGAAGUACAGAGCAGUGUUUAUCUUCGGUGACUCAACUUGUAAGGUCAUUAUAAAAAUGUUUGGAAAAAAAAAUUAAAAGACAAUGGACUAAAAGUAUAUUACACUAUUUGGGGGAAAAAACAUACAACCAAUAAAAAGGAUCUUAUGCUAUUGCUGACCAUGUUUAAAUGCUUAGAAAAUGUUAUUUUCCGAGGGUAAAAAAUAAAGCAAAAAUAUUCUUUUUGUAUGAAAUCCUUCUAAAUUCUUAUAGGAACGCAGCCAUAUAUAUUGUUCUUAAUAUCUUUUUUGAACAAUGCCACCCGUGUGCUAAUCGGCAGCAAUAAUGCCGAAUAUGUUUCGCUUAAAGGAUGACACCACAGUACUGGUUUCCGUCACAAAUGGAUCGCUGAGGACACGAAACGUUUUAGCACAUGGAUCUUUCCUGUAUGAGAGGCUCGACUCUCCACUCCCCUUUACUGAAGCUUCAUGGACUCUCCCAGUCAUUCUUCUUUCUUUUGUCUUUGAUUUGUUGAUCCACGCGCUGAAGAUGAAUCGAGCUUUGCAGGCACUUCUCUCAAUAUUUAACAAGCCACUCUCUCUCUCCACUCCUGACACAUCAGACUAAGGAGUAUUCCUGCUCCACUGACUGCCGCUCGGACUAUGAAGCAGCGGCUUUUGAAUUUUGAUGGUCUUAAUGAACGCAAUUUGUUACGGCUUGAUGACAAAAGGAAGUGAGAGCGGGCGGGCGGGCGUGCAAGACUCCACUGGACACCCUUCCCUUUUCAAGUGGAUGCUAUUGUAGACUCUCUCUCUCUUUCUUUCUCUUUAUCUCACUCUCUCUCUUUCUUCAUCUUAUUACAGGGCAAGCUCAUUUAUUUUUCCAAAAGCUCAAACUUGGAAGUGAUUGACAUGUACUUUCCUGCAAAUACACACAAACAAUAUUAUGAUUUCCUUGUUAACGAAGCGUCAAGGCGGUUGCACAGUGAACUCGGUGCCAUCACGAAGGAGACAGACUCUAUCCUUGUUAGUAUUAUUCGGAUUAUUACAGAUAUGUAUCCAAAUGCAGUGUUGCUUUUACGUCAAAAGUAUUUGAAUUACUCUGUUUGUUCCAUGAACCAGCUGUUUAGUUUUCCUGAAGUACAACAGACACGUUUAUGUCCUUGUUUAUAUUGGAUAACUGG